GGCGACCUUCCAUAGUGCCACGGAACCAACUCUACAAUCUCAGAUCCAACGUCCACUAUCUCUCUUUUUCUACUUUCUAGGCAAGUAGGUACAGUACAAAAGAAAAAUAGACAAUCCACUCUUAGGUCGCCUCACUCAACUUGAAGAAAGACAUAUAUAUCUUAAAUGAAAGCAAAAGCAGUUAAAAGAGGACAAAACGUUUUCAGUUUUGUGUGUUGUGUUAUGGUAGAAAAGGGCAUAAUCGGCAUUCCUUAUUCCUUUAUCUCUGAUCCAUGCUUUUCCUCUUUUUUCACCUCUUUUGCUCCUAAUGCUUUUGUUGAUUGGUAUCACUAACCUCCGUGGUGUUUUUAACGGUAACGGCAGCAGCAGCAGCAGCAGCAGCGGUGGUUUCUGAUUGAACCACCGGACUUCAAAUGCCGGAGUAGUUUUUGCUUUCACGGCCUUGGCCGGACUCGCAUUGGCCGCCGCCCUUACCUAAUUCUACUUGGUAAAAACAAAAACAAAAAAAGUACGGCUGAAAUUUCAAAGAUAUUUUUAUCGUAAAGGACAUUACAUUAUCAUAGUUUUUGAAAACCCUAGAAAUCUGUUUAUAGAGUAAAAUUCGUUUGCAAAUGAAAGCUCUCAAACGAAGUCAGACUUCGUCGUCUUCAAACUCUCCUUCACCGUCUUCAUCUUCACCGUCGUCGUCUUCGUCGUCUUCAGCGUCAUCGUCGUGGAUUCAUUUGCGAUCAGUUCUAUUUGUUGUUGCUUCCUCCUCACCAGCUUACUGUUCUGCCUCUGAUCGAGGUCAUCUCAAAUCACCAUGGUCCCGUAGAAAAAGAAAACAUGUUCUUUCACCCCUACAGUGGAGAAGCUUUUUUACACCUGAUGGAAAGCUUCGUAAUGGAGGAGUUAAAUUUCUAAAGAAAGUCCGAAGUGGAGGAGUUGAUCCAAGUAUCAGGGCGGAGGUUUGGCCAUUCCUCCUUGGGGUCUAUCACUUGGACAGUUCCAAAAAGGAAAGAGAUACUAUAAGGAAAAAGAACAGAAAGGAAUACCAGAGACUUCGGAGAAAGUGCUGCCAACUGCUGAAACGCAAUGGUGAAACCUUUAAAAUAAAAGACACUGGUGGAAUUGGAAGCAAUGGACAUAGUGGAAAUCUCAUUGAAGGAAUGGAUUUCCCUGACUAUGAAGAUGUUGUUAGUGCCCUGGAAUCCCUCUCUAGUGGGGAGAGGAGCCCAUAUAUUGAAGAUUCUGACAAUCAGGGCGGUAUAAUAUUGGAAGAAUUUUCCAGUUCCAAACGAGUCAUGGAGCCAAAUGAUGUCUCUGAUUCUGAGUCAUCGGAUUCUGAUUCUUCUGCAGAUCAUGAUGUCAGUUAUACUUUCCCCUUGUUAGGAAGCAUGAACGAGAAUACAUCUGAGGUGCCUUCUAAGGGCACUUCUCCUUCGAAGACAGAAGUCCAGCCAGAGCCCUGCAAUGCAGAAGAUUAUGCGACAUGGCAACGAAUAAUUCGGGUUGACGCAGUUCGUGCUAAUGAAGAAUGGAUAGCAUAUUCCCCAGCUCAGGGGGGAGGAGUAUCAGAUGACCGGGCACGCUGGUCUGCGCAAGCCGUUGGAUUGAAGGACUAUGAUCACCUAGAGCCCUCAAGGAUCUUCCAUGCUGCUCGGUUAGUUGCCAUUCUUGAGGCAUAUGCGCUCUAUGACCCUGAAAUUGGCUAUUGCCAGGGAAUGAGUGAUUUGCUUUCACCCAUUAUUACUGUGAUGACAGAGGACCAUGAAGCUUUUUGGUGCUUCGUCGGUUUCAUGAGGAAGGCUCGACAUAACUUCAGGCUUGAUGAGGUUGGAAUUAGGAGGCAGCUAAAUAUUAUUUCUAAAAUUAUCAAACAUAAGGAUUCACAUCUCUAUAGACACUUAGAGAAGCUCCAAGCAGAGGAUUGCUUUUUUGUGUACAGGAUGGUGGUAGUGCUCUUCAGGAGGGAAUUAACUUUUGAGCAAACACUCUGCCUAUGGGAGGUAAUGUGGGCAGACCAGGCUGCUAUUAGGGCAGGGAUUGGGAAGUCUGCAUGGAGUAGGAUUAGGCUGCGAGCCCCACCAACAGAUGAUCUAUUGCUUUAUGCAAUUGCAGCAUCUGUAUUACAGAGGAGGAAACAAAUCAUUGAGAAAUAUAGUAGCAUGGAUGAAAUUUUAAGGGAGUGCAAUAACAUGGCUGGUCAUCUUGAUGUAUGGAAGCUACUAGAUGAUGCCCAUGAUUUGGUGGUCACUCUCCAUGACAAGAUAUAGACACCUUUGUUAUAGUGCCUUCCAAGAUUUUAUACCACUAAUUUAUUCUCAUUCAAAAUUCAGCAUUCCUGAAUGGGUGCUCUUCAAGUCGUCACAUUUUUGUGGCGAGAAAGGACAGUCUACCUGACAAGUCACAACACUCUGUUGCUGCUUUUUUUGGGUCAGAGCUCGUACAUUCUGAAGUUGGGAAACAUCCAUAACUCAACUCUGCCGGGUACUAGUACUGCUAUUUGCUCGGUUUCAGUGUAGCCAUUAUUAGAAAGCCUAUGUUCCAGACUGGCUACCAUGCGCAAUAUAUAUCUUUUAAGUUCUCAUGUUUAACCCUUAUAGUUAUAGGGUCUUUCUAAUAGGAAAACUAAAGUGGAGAUGUUGUGCCCAUUGCCCAACUUCCUUAGGGACAAGGAGUGGGGUGAGGGGUGGGAGUGGAUUUGAAUUGGUUGGUUUUGACUUUUGAGAUGCACAGAAUUGUGGUUUUUAAUGUGUUGAACAACCGCUAUAUCUUGCAAGGCAGAAACAUUGAAAGCCUUGUACAGUUUGACAUUGUUAUCCCUUUUACGGGCAACUCGGCAUACCUCAAAUCCAGUGGCAGAACAUCUUCUAGAGCUCUUACAGCGCCUACAUGAAAAGACCACCAGGGCCAAGCUUCCAAAUGUGCAAACUGCAUGAGCAAUUAAUCUCACUAUAUUAGUAAUCCUUCACAAUUUCCAGCCAGAGUAGCUUCAGAUUAUGUUUGAAUUCUAACUGCAACACUUUGCAUCUACACCAGUUUUGGUGGGUAGGAUUACCUUGGUUACAUUUAAUUGUAGGCUGGAUAGACUGUUUAGUGAAUUGGCUGAGUUGUACACCAGUUAGUUUAGACACUUGAUGUUCUUAAAAAAUCAGGUAUAAAUGAUGUGUGAGAAAAUGAACUCGUUGCUUGCCAGUCUUAUCGCAAAUAAUGUCGGGUUAAAACA